GCAAACAGCAGCUGCAGACAGUCAAGGACCGCUUUCAGGCAUUCCUCAACGGGGAGACCCAGAUCGUGGCUGACGAAGCCUUCAUGAAUGCUGUCCAGAGUUACUACGAGGUGUUCCUGAAGAGCGACCGUGUGGCCCGCAUGGUGCAGAGCGGGGGCUGCUCCGCCAACGACUCCCGGGAGGUCUUCAAGAAGCACAUCGAGAAGCGGGUGCGCAGCCUGCCCGAGAUCGAUGGGCUCAGCAAGGAGACCGUGCUCAGCUCCUGGAUGGCCAAGUUCGAUGCCAUCUACCGCGGGGAAGAGGACCCCAGGAAGCAGCAGGCCCGCAUGACAGCCAGCGCAGCCUCCGAGCUGAUUCUGAGCAAAGAGCAGCUCUAUGAGAUGUUCCAGAACAUUCUUGGGAUCAAGAAGUUUGAACAUCAGCUCCUGUACAACGCCUGCCAGCUGGACAAUCCGGAUGAGCAGGCAGCACAGAUCCGACGAGAGCUGGAUGGACGACUCCAAAUGGCAGACCAGAUAGCCAGGGAACGCAAAUUUCCCAAGUUUGUAUCCAAAGAAAUGGAAAAUAUGUACAUCGAGGAGCUGAAAUCGUCCGUGAACCUGCUCAUGGCCAACCUGGAGAGCAUGCCGGUGUCCAAAGGCGGCGAGUUCAAGCUGCAGAAACUCAAACGCAGCCACAACGCUUCCAUCAUCGACCUGGGCGAGGAGAGUGAGAACCAGCUCUCCAAGUCAGACGUCGUGCUGGCUUUCUCCCUGGAGGUGGUGAUCAUGGAAGUCCAAGGCCUCAAAUCCUUGGCUCCCAAUCGCAUUGUGUACUGCACAAUGGAGGUGGAAGGAGGAGAGAAACUACAGACAGACCAGGCCGAGGCUUCUAAACCCACCUGGGGCACCCAGGGUGACUUCUCCACGACCCAUGCGCUGCCAGCUGUGAAGGUGAAGUUGUUCACAGAGAGCACAGGCGUCCUGGCCUUGGAGGACAAGGAACUCGGGCGGGUUAUUCUCCAUCCCACCCCGAACAGCCCCAAACAGUCAGAGUGGCACAAAAUGACAGUCUCCAAAAACUGCCCCGAUCAAGACCUCAAAAUCAAGCUUGCCGUCCGAAUGGAUAAACCUCAAAACAUGAAGCAUUCUGGGUAUCUAUGGGCCAUCGGUAAGAAUGUCUGGAAGAGAUGGAAGAAAAGGUUCUUUGUGUUGGUGCAGGUCAGUCAGUACACCUUUGCCAUGUGCAGUUAUCGGGAGAAGAAAGCAGAGCCUCAGGAACUUCUACAGCUGGAUGGUUACACUGUGGACUACACCGACCCCCAGCCAGGCUUGGAGGGUGGCCGAGCCUUCUUCAAUGCAGUCAAAGAAGGAGACACCGUGAUAUUUGCGAGCGAUGACGAACAGGAUCGCAUCCUGUGGGUCCAGGCCAUGUACCGGGCCACCGGGCAGUCGCACAAGCCUGUGCCCCCGACCCAGGUCCAGAAACUCAACGCCAAGGGAGGGAACGUGCCCCAGCUGGAUGCCCCCAUCUCCCAAUUCUACGCAGAUAGAGCCCAAAAGCAUGGCAUGGAUGAAUUUAUCUCGUCCAACCCCUGUAACUUUGACCACGCUUCCCUCUUUGAGAUGGUGCAACGCCUUACUCUGGAUCACAGACUUAAUGAUUCCUAUUCUUGCCUGGGCUGGUUCAGUCCUGGCCAGGUGUUUGUGCUAGAUGAAUACUGCGCCCGAAACGGAGUCCGCGGGUGUCACCGGCACCUCUGCUACCUCCGGGACCUGCUUGAGCGCGCGGAGAACGGCGCGAUGAUCGACCCCACGCUCCUGCACUACAGCUUUGCCUUCUGCGCGUCCCACGUCCACGGGAACAGGCCCGAUGGAAUCGGAACUGUGACUGUUGAAGAAAAGGAACGUUUCGAAGAAAUCAAAGAAAGACUCCGAGUUCUGUUGGAAAAUCAGAUUACGCAUUUUAGAUAUUGCUUUCCAUUUGGUCGACCUGAAGGUGCUUUGAAAGCUACUCUCUCACUCCUGGAAAGGGUUUUGAUGAAGGACAUCGUUACGCCAGUGCCACAAGAGGAGGUAAAAACAGUCAUCCGUAAAUGCCUAGAGCAGGCUGCUUUAGUCAACUACUCUCGGCUGUCAGAGUAUGCCAAAAUCGAAGAAAAUGUAGGCCGGUUAAUCACUCCCGCCAAAAAGCUGGAGGACACGAUCCGCCUCGCUGAGCUGGUCAUCGAGGUUCUGCAGCAGAAUGAGGAGCACCACGCAGAGGCCUUCGCGUGGUGGUCGGACUUGAUGGUGGAGCACGCCGAGACGUUCCUGUCACUCUUCGCGGUGGACAUGGAUGCGGCGCUGGAGGUGCAGCCCCCAGACACGUGGGACAGUUUCCCACUGUUUCAGCUGCUGAAUGAUUUUCUGCGCACUGAUUAUAACUUGUGCAAUGGAAAAUUUCACAAACACCUGCAAGACCUGUUUGCCCCACUUGUGGUUAGAUAUGUGGAUCUGAUGGAGUCCUCAAUUGCACAAUCCAUUCACAGGGGCUUUGAGCGGGAGUCAUGGGAACCAGUCAAGAGUUUAACCAGUAACCUACCCAAUGUGAACCUACCCAAUGUGAACCUUCCCAAAGUACCAAAUCUACCAGUUAACAUCCCUCUAGGCAUCCCACAAAUGCCUACUUUUUCGGCACCGUCAUGGAUGGCUGCUAUAUAUGAUGCUGACAAUGGAUCAGGCACCUCAGAGGAUCUGUUCUGGAAGCUCGAUGCCCUUCAGACCUUCAUUCGAGACUUACACUGGCCCGAGGAGGAGUUUGGGAAGCACCUGGAACAACGGCUGAAGCUGAUGGCAAGUGACAUGAUAGAAUCUUGUGUCAAAAGAACCAGGAUUGCAUUUGAAGUUAAGCUGCAAAAAACCAGUCGAUCAACAGAUUUUCGAGUCCCACAGUCAAUAUGCACCAUGUUUAAUGUUAUGGUUGAUGCCAAAGCUCAAUCAACAAAACUUUGCAGCAUGGAAAUGGGCCAAGAGCAUCAGUACCACUCAAAAAUAGAUGAACUAAUUGAAGAAACUGUUAAAGAAAUGAUAACACUCUUGGUUGCAAAGUUCGUUACCAUCUUGGAAGGAGUGUUGGCAAAAUUAUCCAGAUAUGACGAAGGGACCUUGUUUUCUUCCUUCUUGUCAUUUACCGUGAAGGCAGCUUCCAAAUACGUGGAUGUACCUAAACCCGGGAUGGAUGUGGCCGAUGCCUAUGUGACUUUCGUCCGCCACUCUCAGGAUGUCCUUCGUGAUAAGGUCAAUGAGGAGAUGUAUAUAGAAAGGUUAUUUGAUCAAUGGUACAACAGCUCCAUGAACGUGAUCUGCACCUGGUUGACGGACCGGAUGGACUUACAGCUUCACAUUUAUCAGUUGAAAACACUAAUUAGGAUGGUAAAGAAAACCUACAGGGACUUCCGAUUGCAAGGGGUCCUGGACUCGACCUUGAACAGCAAGACGUACGAGACCAUCCGGAACCGGCUCACCGUGGAGGAGGCCACCGCGUCGGUGAGCGAGGGGGGCGGCCUGCAGGGCAUCAGCAUGAAGGACAGUGACGAAGAAGACGAAGAGGACGACUAGGCGACCAGAAGGCUCGGGCCUGGCGUCCGGAGGGGCCGGCCCCGUAAUCAAUGCAUGUCCUUAGUCUGUUAGUUACCCCAUUAGGGAAUUUUCUGUCAAUCACCACGCCCAUGAGAUGUUUACCAAUACAAUUGCCAUCUUAGCUCUGUGGUAUCAAGAUUAGCAAACGACCUUCCAGCCCGCCCCUUCCUGGCCCGUGUCCGUAUGUUUACAGCAAUAGGAGCAGCAUCCUUUAAACAUGUUCACCGAGAGCGCGGCCCAGCCGCUAGGCGUGUCCCUGUUCCCAGCACGGCGAGCCCACGCUGAGGCCUCGUUCACGCGCGUGUGCGUUGCCGGUCGAUGGACCGAGGGCCAGCGCCAGUACUUUCACUUCUCUGUUUCACGUAUGUGGGUGCCGGUUAUUUAAAGGAGUACAAUCAAUUAAUUUAACUGAGACACGUAGCUCUGCUCUGUUUUUUGAGAAACAAAAGGCAAGGCUCUGACAACCAACUUUUGGUUCUCUCUGUCCCCCUAAAACAAAAGAAUGAAGCCCUGGUGUCCUUGUAAACCCGUCCCUUCACUUAUCCUUAUAGUUUAGCCAGAACAGGAUGGCUACGUACCCAUGGGUUGGUCCUCUCGAUUGCCGUGGCAAAGGUUAGCCCAUCGUGACUUACCACCAAGCACAGUUCAGAGCGACUGUCUUCUGUCCAAGUCUAUCCUAGUACAUGUUACGUUUUGCUUUUACGUUUCAAUAACCGUGUAUGUAAAAAAACUGAAUAUUUAAAUUACAGGCCUAGACUAUAAAUGUGUUUAUAAUAAGAUAUGGAUACUUCCUUCAGUAGACUGUAACCAUAACUUAAAUGGUUUUGUUCCACACUGUUUUUUAUAUCUGUCAUGUACAUUGCAUUUUGAUCUGUAACUGCACGACCCUGGGGUCCUCUGCAGAGCUAUUUCUUUCUGUGUAAACUAGUGGAUCCAUCCUGCUUUUGCCUUAUAUAAAGCCUACAGUUAUGAACGUGUGAAAAACUGUGGCUUCUCAAUAAACAACUAUUCAAAUGUC